CGCGAUCUUGGCACGCCCACGCUGCUGCCCGCUGUCGAAAAUCCUAACUGCGAACUUCUCGGUUUUCCUAGUUUUGCGACGACACUAUAUCCCGACAACCCCCAGUCUCCGAUAACCAACAGUCAAAAUGGGUCACGCCGCAGGUCUCAGGGUUACAUUGCCCUCUCGACCUACCUCAAGCAGUACAAGGUCGGAGACAUUGUCGAUGUCGUCGCCAACGGUGCCGUCCAGAAGGGUAUGCCCUACAAGGUCUAUCACGGCAAGACCGGUGUCGUCUACAACGUGACCAAGUCCGCCGUCGGUGUCAUCCUCUACCGCCAGGUCGGCAACCGUUACAUUGAGAAGCGCAUCAACGUCCGCAUCGAGCACGUCCGCCACUCCCGCUCCCGUGAGGAGUUCCUGACCCGUGUCAAGACCAACGCCGAGAAGAAGCGCCAGGCCAAGACUGACGGCAACUCCGUCUUCCUCAAGCGUCAACCCGCCAUGCCCCGUGAGGCCCGCACCGUUUCCAUCAAGGAGACCAAGCCCGAGACUCUUGCUCCUAUCGCCUACGACACUGCCAUCUAA